AUGGCGCCCGAAUCGAAUGAAACGACAUCGCUUCUUGCUGUCAAGUCAACCGCAGCGUAUCGAGUUUAUCCACAGCGAUUCUACAUUCUGUUUGUGUUUUCCUUUUUGUCUUUCAAUCAAUGUAUAAUGUGGUUGACAUUCUCUCCUAUUGCUCGAAGUACGGAGACUUAUUACAAUGUGACCGAAGCAACUGUAGAUCUUCUUCUUAAUUGGGGACCGAUUAUUUUCAUACCAUGUUUACCGUUGACUUCUAUUCUGCUAAAUCAGGCAAAUGGUUUACGCUACUGUGUGCUUCUACUAGCCAUUGCUGACUUCUUCGGAGCAUUAUCUCGAAUACUACCAUCGAUUAUUUUCUCCUCGUCACAUCCAAACUUCAGCUCUUUCGCAUUACCGUUCAUUCAUGUUGGUCAAAUAUUGAAUGCUGCUUGUGGCCCUCUCGUCAUGGCACCAGUUUCGCAGCUAUCAUGUCUCUGGUUUGCUCCGCAUGAGCGAACACGUGCAACUACUGUCGCUAUCUUUGCGAAUUAUCUUGGAUCGGGAGUGGGUUUUGCUAUUAGCCCAUUGAUCGUUUCAGAGCCUGAAUAUGUUCCUCGUCUCCUCUAUAUUCAUUUUGGUUUAGCAUUUGCUGCGUGUGUUUUUUCGCUGGUCUAUUUUCCUGCUCAACCACCGACGGCACCUUCUGCUGCAGCGGAGUUACUCGUACAGAAUCCAACUAGUGGAGAAACAAGUCAUAAUUGGCGAACGUUUUUGAGAGACAUUUGGAAAUGUUUAACGACGCCUUCAUUUGUGCUUCUUUCGACAGCUGGCGGACUUCUGUAUGGAACCUUUGGUGCGUGGACUGGUUUGUACGAUGUCCUUCUGGAGCCGGAACAUUACACUGAAGGACAAGCCGGUUGGUUUGGUUUUGGCUCAACUAUAGCGGCAAUUAUCGGUGGUCUUGGUCUAGGUCAUCUUGCUGACACACGCCGCUUUCAACAUUCUUUAAAAAUUCUUAUUCUUAUUUCCCUCAUCGGUUGUCUACUAGCCAUUGUCUGGUUUGAACUCUGUGUUCGCAGCUUAUUCUACGAUAAACACAUCCUUUCAUCGACUGUAGUCACAAUUGGAUUGUCAACUGGCCUAGCUGGCCUCUUUUCGGGUGCUGCUUCGCCCUUGAUUUACGAAGCUCUAGCAGAAAUUAUGUAUCCUCUUCCUGAAUCCUUAUCAGCAUCGAUACUUGUUCAGUGGAUCAAUGUUGUUACACUCUUGUUUGUACUGUUUGCAUCGUUAUCAUCCUAG